AGCUUAUCCACCUCAAGAACUUUGUCUCUCUUCAAUUCAAGAACCAAAUUUCCCAAAACCUAAUUUUCCCGCCAAACAAGAAUCUUAAAAGCUAACAGAUGCUCUGUUUCUCUUUGAUUCGCUACCCACCUCCUUUACCAAAGCAAUUCAACCAUCAUACUCUACUCUCCAUACCCACCAAAACCCAUUUCCCAUCCCUCAAUUUCUCUCAAAACCCACUCCCUCUCCGCUUUCUCACCCACAAUUUUUCUGGGUACCCGGCAAAAUUCGAGCUUUCCUCUUCUUGCUUGAGUUCAUCGCUGCCUUCUGGGUCGGUAGAGGAUGAGUUCGAUGUGGAGUUGGGGCGUCUUCUGGUGCUGUUGCCGAAGGAGAUGCAGAGGAGGGUCAGUGAGCAUCCGGAGCUCCGGGACUUGAUUGAGGUGGUUAUGGAUUUGGGGAGAAAACCCUUGGCUAGAUUUCCAUCUGGGGACUUUAUUUUGUCGGAUUCACCAAUCACGGUUCAGGACCUUGACCAUGCUACUUCUCAGGUUGGUGACUUUGCCAUUGAUAAUAGAGCAGGCAUUAGUAGAACAUUGCACCGCAUUAGUGCAAUCAGGAAUCGAAGAGGCAAAAUAAUUGGCUUGACUUGUCGUGUUGGUCGAGCAAUAUCUGGAAGCGCCGAUUUGUUGAGAGAUUUGGUUCAAAAUGGGGCUUCUUUGCUGCUUAUUGGUCCUCCAGGUGUUGGAAAAACUACAAUUAUCAGAGAUAUAGCUAGGAUGCUUGCAAAUGAUUACAAGAAACGUGUGAUGAUUGUUGAUACCUCCAAUGAGAUAGGUGGUGAUGGUGAUAUACCUCAUGCUGGGAUAGGUAAUGCUCGGCGAAUGCAAGUCCCUGAUUCUGAUAGGCAACAUAAGGUGUUGAUAGAAGCAGUUGAAAAUCAUAUGCCACAGGUGAUUGUGAUUGAUGAAAUUGGCACAAAACUUGAGGCGAUGGCUGCAAGCACAAUUGCACAACGCGGAAUCCAACUAGUUGCCACUGCACAUGGAGUAACAAUAGAGAAUUUGAUUGUGAACCCUUCCUUAGAGAUGCUUGUUGGAGGCAUACAGAGUGUGACUCUAGGAGAUGAAGAAGCAAAUCGCCGGGGUGUUCAGAAGACAGUGCUAGAGAGGAAAGGACCUUCAACAUUUAACUGCGGGGUAGAGAUUAUCUCAAAAACUGAGUUGCGGGUUCAUCGUAGUCUUGAAGCAACAGUUGAUGCUGUUCUUGCAGGUCGUUCUCCAAAUGUUGAAAUUCGAAAGAUAAACUCUGAUGGGCUGGAAGAGACCAUAUCAGCGGAAACUUCUAUUGAUAUCAACUCUGAGAAAAGGGAUGAAUUAGUUUCUGGAGUUGUUAUAGAGGUGAGCAGUGAAAGAACUGGCCUUAGCAAGUUCUCUCCCGAGUUUCAGAGCAUUGGUGAAAAUUCAUCGGAAGGCAGUGUUCCGCUCCAUUUGUUUGUUUAUGGGGUCCCUGAAGCAACCGUGGUACAAGGAAUUAAAAAGUUGGAGAUGGAUGCUGCAGUUCAAUUAACUGAUAAUAUCAGCGAGGCAGAUGCAUUGUUUGCUUUGCAAUCCAAGCUGAAGAAGAAUCCCGAGAUUCAAGCUGCAGCUAAGUCUCAAAACAUACCAAUUUAUGUGACAAAGACAAGCUCAUUGAUGCAGAUAUCAAAAGUCUUAAGGUCAAUAAUAAAUGACCAAGAAGAUGUGAAGGACUUUGGAUCAGAAGAUAAUAUAAAAAUGUCUGAGAAGGUCGAUGCCCUUGAGGAGGCAAGAGUAGCCAUCGAGCAGGUAGUAAUCCCAAAAGGGGAAGCUGUGGAGUUACUGCCAAGGCCAUCCCACAUCAUCUCACUUCAAAUGGAUCUUGUAAAGAGAUACCAAUUACAGUCAGAGAGAAUUGGCAAAGGGUCGGAUGGACAUCUACGCAUUGUCCCAUUUCAUACUACAAUGGAGGAAGACAACACCAGUGAGAAUGUUGAUGACGAUAGUGAUGUUGAUGAUUUUGACUACCAUGGCACAAAUGGCUCAACAUACAGUGUGGACAGGUUACCCUUGCUACCUGAUUAGUUAUUACCUAGUUAUACAUAGACGGUAGAUCAUUGCUACAAAAACCAUAGUGUUCUUGUUGGAUUUUUAGUAUCAGAGGUUCAGAAAUGUAUCAGACAAAUUUUUUCUGCAAAUAUUUCUUUAACUUCUUUAAGACUUACAUUCACGUAAUUUAUUUCAAUCUGGCUAACAAAUUAUUAUUUUCCAAGGAAAUGAUAACCAACGAUUCUAUACAUUGAAGAAGCUUGAUAUGCAUUGAUCAUUGAGUAAGAAAUUUACUGCGGUUGUUUCUAGACGAGGCCAACUUUUACGCGGCGGUGCUGGUGGAGUUGAAAUCUGAGGACCCCCCCUGGUGCAAGGUGGUGGAUAUGGAGGCUUUGACAUAGCAUCACCUUCCUAUCAUGCAAAACAAAAAAGACAACUUUUUAGAAGACUAUCCAUCCUUAAUAGACUUUGUUCCUCUUGGUACAAUGAAUGUGCAAUUUACUU